AUUCAGAAGAAGUCCGGCAACAUGAGAUUGCCCACAGCUGAUUACAUUUAUGUAAAUAUUAGUCGGUACAUAAAAAUGUCGCUAACGCAAAAAUUAAAUGUUCUAAUUAAAAAAAAAUCUAUCAAAUAUGGUGUGCCAUUUUUAAUUUUAAUGGUGGGAGGCUCUUUUGGGCUAGAGCAAUUCACCCGUCUCAGGUAUCAGUUCUCUCGUAAGCAGCCGGUAAGUCCAGAAGAAAUGGAGAAAUAUGGUGUAACAAUGAAAAAACCAGAUGAAGUGACACUGGACAAAGAAUAUGAAAGAAUAAAAAACUUGAAUAUUGACGAAUGGGAGAACAAGCGCGGCCCUAGACCAUGGGAGGAGACACAAUAGUCGGUGAAAAAAAUUUGGUUAGAAAAGUGUGAAACAUUUACUAUUUAUGUAUCUACCAUUCAUAGAUUUUAAGUCAUUUGUUUUAUUGUUAUACUGAGUUUGCAAAUAAAUUACAUUAAAUUAAAAAAAA